UCUAUUGCGCUAUCGGUGAAUAAAGUGUCAACGAUAUUAAAAUAAAAAAAUAUGAGAAAUGAAAUUAAAUGUUGAGGAGAAAAAUUUUUAGUUAAGCACAUAUCACAUCUGAAAUCCACUCAGAACUGCAUAGCAUAUAAAAAAGAAAAAAUGAAUGAACGAAUGAAUGAAAUUUGAACAGAAGUAGAAAAGGUGACUACGAUAAGUGACCUUAAGCAGUGAAGAAAAUAUAUAUUUUUUUUUUGCAAUUCAACAAAUUGAGAGAGUGAGCGAGGAAGGAAGGUGAAGUGAUAACAAAAGCGGAAUAAUCUUUCUGUAUAAAACGCACAAAAACAUUCUUAACAACAAAUUUGGAUAAGGUGGAGUUUUGAUCGUUCAAGAUUGUGAAAUGGGAGGUUGUGUGGGUCGCUACAGUGGCGAUAAUGAGACAGUGAGUGUAUCAUCGGCAAGUGUAUCCAGACCGCCGACAGCAGGAACGCAAGUUGGACCUGCCCGCAAAAAUCGACCUUUGUGCCAUGAAACGAUACGCUGGCGUUCAGAUGUUCCUUUGACCGAAGGCCAAUUGCGUUCUAAGCGCGACGAAUUUUGGGACACCGCGCCGGCCUUUGAUGGCCGCAAAGAAAUCUGGGAUGCCCUAAGAGCGGCAACUACGGCAGCCGAGGCUCUAGAUUUUCAACUGGCCCAAGCCAUUUUGGAUGGGGCAAAUGUUUCAGUGCCGAAUGGAUAUCUUACAGAGUGCUACGAUGAACUAGGUACACAAUACAAAGUACCAAUUUAUUGUCUAUCAUAUCCUAUUAAUAUAGUUAAGGAGGAAAAUGGUCGUGAUUCACCUGCCGAAUUUUCAGAGCCCGUCGAUGGCGGCACAGAAAUAUUCCUUAAACUGAGAAUAUCAUCAACAAUGUCUGAUGUUAAAUUACCUGUUUACUCCAAAGACACAGUGGGCCAAUGUAAAAAGAAAUUGCAGGCUGUAGAAGGUGUUGAUGCCUGUUGCCAACGCUGGUUCUAUGGCGGCAAACUAUUGGGGGACAAGGUACCCAUCGAGGAGUGUAAUAUACAGAACGGCUAUGUGGUACAAGUCAUUGUAAAUACUGAACACUAUAACCAUGACAAUAGCACAAGUAUCGCCACUGCAAGCUAGCCAACAUUCAUCAUAGUCCAGCAGCACAAAGUGAACAACACAAUGCUAACAACAGCUCUACUAUCUACUAUGGCAACAAAUUGCAAUAAAAACAUUGUUGUCUAUCAUCCAUUGUAUCCCGCUUUCAAAUACCAUCAACAAAAAUGGUCGUAUCGACAGCAGCAGCUGCAGCAACAGCGGCAACCGCAAUAUCAUCGAUAUCACAAUCUGAGCUGUUGCGUUGUGCAGCCUAUACAGAAUUCAUUGUCAUUGCCAGCGACAACAACUACUCCCCCCUCAUUACCAACGGUGAAGCCAUCAUCACCAUCGUUUGUAUUGCGGACAACAAGAAUAGAACAUGACAUUGCAUUUGUUGUUGGAAAGACGAAUAGCUCCUUCUCAUUGGAUAGUAGUUGUUGUAAAAUUGUGAAGAUAUCAUUGAUAGUUUUAUUAAUACUAUUGUUAAUCAUAAUGCAUUUUGUUGCAAUUUGUUGUUAAACUGAAUGGAAAAUGCAAACGAAACGAAACGGAAAACUAAGUAAACGAAACAUAAUAAUAAUUAUAAUUAUAACAAUAUAAAGAAACGAUUGAUUAUUCAGUCAUUUUUGUUUCCGUUCCACUUACUGAAAAUCCUCUUCCCUCCCCCCCUCCAUCUCCUCUUCCACUAUUUUUGCAAUUUUUUUUUAUAUUUUUCUACUAAACAAAAAGUCCUCAUAAUUAUAUUUGUAUUUAUUUCCUGCCACUCUCCUUAAAAUCGAUUACAAUUUAUCGCUUUGAUGACCACACAGCCUAUGUAACUAUACUGGCCACUGGCUGGCUGUAUGUCAUUGAUGUGAUAAAUUCUGAAUUCUGAAUGGCAUCAGAUGAGAGCGCCAACAAAGAUAUAUCAGCCGACAUUGAAUCUAAUGGAAAUGAUUUCUUUUUGUACAUUAUACAAUUUUUGAUUUAUACUGCAUUCAAUUUUUUUAUUGUUUUCAUUUUCUAGUUUGGUUUUUACUAAAGAGCAAAACAUAUAUAGUAGGCAAUUAGAAGAAUACAAAAGAUGAGAAACACAAAUAUUAACUAAUUUUAAGUGCGUACAAUUUAAUUUGAAAUUAAUUUAAACUUAAAAGAAACCCUUACCCAUUUUCAACUACAGCCCAAAAAUAGUAAAGUAUACUUUAUGCAUAACAUGUACACAGCCAUAUUAAACAAAAAUAAAGUAAAUAAUAAAAACUGAA